ACCCUCUACGUCACUAACCCAGUGAGAAUCCACCCCAACAACAUCAUGUCACUCACCUUUUGCCACUCUCCUCAUCUCACUCUCCAAACCCACAAAAACCAUCAUUCAAGAACCCAAAUCCCUCUUUUCAGAUCCAACUUUACACUCAAACCCACACUCAAACUCAUCUUUCAAACCCCUCAAAAACAACUUUCAAGAUCAAGAAUCUCCAUACCCAGAUCAACUCAACAAGAACCACCUUCUGUGACACUAACACCUGCAAAUACCAAAUGGAAAUCUUUGUUGUCCACUUUAGCAAGCUUGUAUCCUGUGUAUGUGACAGUGGGGGGUGUUGUUGCUUGCUUAAAGCCUUCAACUUUUUCAUGGUUUGUCGAAAAAGCUCCCGGUUCUUAUAGCUUUUCACUUGGGUUUAUUAUGCUUGCAAUGGGGAUCACUCUGGAGUUCAAAGAUUUGGUCAAUUUGUUCAUGCAAAGGCCUCUUUCUAUAUUAUUUGGAUGUGCUGCUCAGUACACAAUUAUGCCGGCUCUUGGAUUUGCAAUAAGCAAAAUGUUGGGGCUCUCACAAUCUCUUUCAGUCGGUAUAAUAUUACUUUCUUGUUGUCCUGGAGGUACUGCCUCUAACGUGGCACAUUUGUUUAUAGUGUUACAGGUGACCUUGAUUGCUCAAGGAGAUGUGCCAUUGUCUAUUGUAGUGACGGUAUGUAGCACUCUUGGCGCAGUGCUUCUUACUCCUCUUUUGACAAUGGUCUUAGCGGGAACUUAUGUUCACGUUGAUGCCAUCAAACUUUCAGUCAGCACCUUGCAGGUGGUUGUUGCACCCGUUCUGGUGGGCUCUUAUUUGCAGAGGAUCUUUCCCCGGGCAGUGAAAGCCGCACUGCCUUUUGCGCCACUGUUAACCGUUUUGACCGCAUCGUUACUGGCUUGCAGCGUACUCUCCGAAAAUGUGGGUCUUUUGAAGUCAUCACUGGUUCUCCCAUCUUUAUCAUCAGACGUAUCUCCCCUUGUUUACGCUCAAGCCUUUUUCUCAAGUGAAAUGGGAAUGGUUGUGCUUUCGGUGCUGUUACUUCAUUUUGCAGGUUUCUUUGUCGGGUAUAUAGCUGCAACUCUAGCUGGAUUUAAAGAGCGACAACGCCGAGCCAUAUCCAUUGAGGUUGGAAUGCAGAACUCAUCAUUGGGUGUGGUUUUAGCAGCCUCACAUUUCAGCUCAGCAAUGGUUGCGUUACCUCCAGCGGUUUCGGCUGUGAUAAUGAACAUAAUGGGCAGCAGCUUGGGCUUCUUUUGGAGAUGUGUUCAUCCUUGUGAUUCAAAAGAUAGCUCCAAAGAUUGAUUAUGGUGGCUUUGUGUCAUUUCUAUCAAUUAAGAUUUCUUUGUAGUUUUUUUUUUUGUUUUUGUUUUUGUUUUUGUUUUUGUUUUUGUUUUUAUUAUAACAAAAGUGAAACAUGUUGAAUGAAGACUUUGCUUGUAGUUUAAGGUUAAGUUUUUGGUUA